AUGUCAGCAAGAAAUCCACCUUUAGUUGUACUACAUAUUCCACAUAGGAGUAAAGUUAUACCUAGUCUAUCACCAUUUUGUUUAAAAUUAGAAACUUUCCUACGUAUGGCGAAUGUCCCAUAUCAAAUAAGCUAUGGGAUGAAACGAUCUAAAAAGGGAAAAUUGCCCUGGAUAGAAGUUAAUGGUGAACAGAUCGACGAUUCCAAUUUUUGUGUCAAACAUUUAGAAAAUCUAUUUACCGUCCAUCUUGAUUCACAUUUAAAUAGUCAAGAAUUAGCAAUAUCGUAUGCUUUUUGGAAAAUGCUGGAAGAAAACACGUAUUGGGUUAUAUUAUAUGAUCGAUGGGUUAGUAAUUAUACUACGUUUAAAAGUGAAUUUCUUCAAGAUAGCUAUCCAAGUAUUUUGCGUAGCCUCGCUCCAGCUGUCUUACAAAAGAACUAUAAAAAGCAAUUAUUUGCUCAGGGUAUGGGUCGACAUCAUCCUGAAGAAGUAUACACCAUUGGUCGUAAAGAUUUAAUGGCUCUAUCGGAAUUUUUAGAUGAUAAAACAUUUAUGAUGGGUGAUAAGCCUUGUACGCUGGACGCAGUUGCCUUUGCCGUGAUUGCAGUCAUUUUAUACUCUUUACCAAACUCAGAACUUCAAGCGUAUUUAGCUAGCCGAGAUAAUCUAGUUCUCUACUGCAAAAGAAUGAAAGAAAAGUACUGGUCUGACUGGGAUGAAGAAAUAAUUGGACAAAUUAAAUCAUGA